CCGCUCUUACUCACUUGUACCAGCAGCCACUGAAGGGGACAGAUUGAGACGCUGCCAGGCCUACUGCUCACACAGACUGUACCUGACACCCGUGUCCUCAUGACUCGGGAUUUGGAUUGGAGAAGUUCUGUGCUCACUGGGAGGGAAGUGAUUCUGGAAGCCUCCACUUGACACACAGAUGAAAGGUGACAAGAGCCCCCAGAGGCUGAGCAAGCCCAGUUAUGGCUCCAUUCCCAGCCUGCCGGUCCCAGGACCUCAUCAAGCACCUUCCCAGGAAACCUACUUGAGUGAGAAGAUUCCCAUCCCCAGCACAGAGCAGGGCACUUUCAGCCUGAGGAAGCUGUGGGCGUUCACAGGGCCUGGUUUCCUCAUGAGCAUCGCUUUCCUCGACCCAGGGAACAUUGAGUCGGACCUUCAGGCUGGUGCUGUGGCUGGAUUCAAAUUGCUCUGGGUGCUGCUAUGGGCCACGGUGCUAGGCUUGCUCUGCCAGCGGCUGGCUGCCCGGCUAGGCGUGGUGACGGGCAAAGACUUGGGUGAGGUCUGCCAUCUCUACUACCCUAAGGUGCCCCGCAUCCUCCUCUGGCUGACCAUCGAGCUAGCCAUCGUGGGCUCAGACAUGCAGGAGGUCAUCGGCACGGCUAUCUCCUUCAAUCUGCUCUCAGCCGGACGCAUCCCCCUGUGGGGGGGCGUCCUGAUCACCAUCCUGGACACGUUCUUCUUCCUCUUCCUGGAUAACUAUGGAUUGCGCAAGCUGGAAGCUUUCUUUGGAUUCCUUAUCACCAUUAUGGCUUUGACCUUUGGUUAUGAGUAUGUGGUAGCACGUCCAUCUCAGGGAGAGCUUCUUCGGGGCCUGUUCCUGCCCUCCUGCCCGGGCUGUGGUCAGCCUGAGCUGCUGCAGGCCGUGGGCAUUGUUGGCGCCAUCAUCAUGCCCCACAACAUCUACCUGCACUCAGCCUUGGUCAAGUCUAGAGAGGUAGACAGAACCCGCCGGGAGGACGUUCGAGAAGCCAACAUGUACUUCCUGAUUGAGGCCACCAUCGCCCUGUCCGUGUCCUUCAUCAUCAACCUCUUCGUCAUGGCUGUUUUUGGUCAGGCCUUCUACCAGCAAACCAACGACAGAGCGUACAACAUCUGUGCCAACAGCAGCCUCCACAACUACGCCAACAUCUUCCCCAGGGACAAUCAGACAGUGUCGGUGGAUAUUUACCAAGGAGGCGUGAUCCUAGGCUGUCUCUUUGGCCCUGCUGCCCUCUACAUCUGGGCAGUAGGUCUCCUGGCAGCUGGGCAGAGUUCUACUAUGACCGGCACCUACGCAGGACAGUUCGUGAUGGAGGGCUUCCUGAAGCUGCGGUGGUCUCGCUUCGCCCGCGUCCUCCUCACUCGCUCUUGCGCCAUCCUGCCCACGGUGCUGGUGGCCGUCUUCCGCGACCUGAGGGACCUGUCGGGCCUCAAUGACCUGCUCAACGUUCUUCAGAGUCUGCUGCUGCCCUUUGCUGUGCUGCCCAUCUUGACCUUCACCAGCAUGCCAGCCGUCAUGCAGGAAUUCGCCAACGGCCGGUUGAGCAAAGCCAUCACCUCCUUCAUCAUGGCGCUGGUCUGUGCCAUCAACCUCUACUUUGUGGUCAGCUACCUGCCCAGCCUUCCGCACCCUGCCUACUUUGGCCUUGUAGCUGUACUGGCUGUGGGUUACUUGGCUCUUACUGCUUACCUGGCCUGGACGUGUUGCAUCGCCCACGGAGCCACCUUUCUGACCCACAGCUCCCACCGGCACUUCCUGUACGGGCUCCCUAAGGAGGAGCAGGAAGAUGCGGUGAGCCCUGGGUGGUGAGAGCCACACACUGGCGCUCCGGAUCCAGCAAGCACAGAGGCACCGGGGACGGGAACAGAGCAAGGCAGAUGGAGGGCCGCCUCCCGUCCUGCUGGAUUGCAGGUUUCCAGUUUAGACAAGCGCUUUACCUCAGAGUAAAGUGUGCUAGGGACCACACCCAUCUCACCACAACCCAGAAGACUUAAAAACACAGGGCUUGGGGCUAGAGAGACGGCUCAGUUGUUAGGGACACUCCGCUGCUCUUCUGGAAGACCUGGGAUCGAUUCCCAGCACCAACCUGGCGGCUUUCAAGGGACUGUGACUCCAGUUUCCGGACAUCCAGUGCCCUCUUCUGGCCUUUUCAGCUGGCGCACGGACAAACAUGCAGGCAAACCGCCUGUAUACAUGAAAAUUACUUAAAAACAAAA